CCGACACUGAAAUUGCUGCUGCCAGAGGUGAUCAUGACUCAAACGCCUAAGGAGUUUCAAGCCCUUUUCAUCCUAACAUGCCUGGGCUUUUGGAACAGGAACAGUGUUCAUGGGGUAAACGAGUACUAUGUAUAUAGUCCGGUGUGCAAGAUGCCCUCCGUGAAUCCCUUUACGUGGGAUACAAUGAAUAACUUCCACCGGAAGAAGCUAAGGCAAUGCCACAACGACAGCGACCUGGUUACAAGUGAAUUCGACUUUGAGACUCAUCAGUACCGACUGCAUGUACACGAGCACCUGGCCAAGCCAAUUUUGAACAGGAAGGGCAAUGCCACCCUGGAGUGCGAGUACCGGCAGAUUUCACGGGAUAACUCCAACGAGAAACCCGACGAUACCUAUAAUCAGCUUAGAAGGUGCCCCAUAAAGCACCACCAGUUCGUCCCAAACCACACGGAUUACAUGAUUACCAGUUGCUAUGUGAAGGACGUUAGCAGACACCGGGAGCUGCUGCAAAGGGAUGCCAUUUCCUUCAUCGAGGACCGCCUCCCAAAAGAGAAGGUCAAGGAGUUUGUGGAGGGAGAAAGAGAGGUGCACAAGCCGAGUGUUCUUAUCAUGGGAUUGGACUCCACGUCGCGCAUAAAUCUUCGACGAGCAAUGCCGUCGGUUUACAAAUUCGUAAAGCAGCCCGGAUGGUUUGAAAUGCAGGGCUACAAUAAGGUGGGCGAUAAUACCUUUCCCAAUCUUCUGGCCGCGUUGACAGGGGAUUCCGAAAAGGGAGUAAGGGAUUAUUGUGAUGUCAGGAAGCCGGGCUGCCUGGACUCCUUAAACUUCAUUUGGAAGCGUUUUAAGAAAGCCAACUACACAACAGCCUUCGCCGAAGAUUGUUCAUCCAUUAGUACCUUCAACUACCUGAAACCGGGAUUUGUGAAGCAGCCAACUGAUUACUACCUACGUCCUUUACUUUACGCCAUCGAAAAACAAUUUAAAGUGACCAAUGACUUCGGAUUUGCCUACUGCGUGGGUCGUCAUCUCAGUUUCAGUUACGUCUGGGACUUUGGUCAGCAGUUCAUCGAUCGCUUCCUCGGCAGAUCCCCCAUGUUUGGGAUUCUGUGGAGCAACAGCUUCACCCACGAUUACUUCGAGGGAGCCACUGCGCUGGACAACCUGUUCUGGAAGUAUUUAAAGUCCUUCGAGGAGUCCGGUCUCUUCCGUAAAUCCAUCGUGAUUCUGAUGAGUGAUCAUGGCCAUCGGUAUAAUACUUUGAGGCGGGCUGCCACAGGGUAUUUUGAGGAGCGCAUGCCGAUGAUGUUUAUCUAUUUGCCAUCCUGGUUCCGGCGUAAGUAUCCCCAUCUGGCGAGUAAUCUCGGGAAGAACCAGAAUCGCCUGUCCUCCAACUAUGAUUUCUACAUGACCCUCCAGCACUUGCUCCAGUUGGAUAGCACGUCCGUAGAUGAUUUCCCGGAUAGCCUCAAGGCCAGACAGUGUAGGAGCUGUCAAUCUCUUUUCUUUGAGCUGCCCUUCAAUCGCACUUGCCAAAUGGCCGGAAUCGACGAGAAAUGGUGCUGUUGCCAGCCCACGGAAACCAUUACGAAUUCCCCGUAUGCGAGGAUAAUUGCCGAAGCAAUAGUGCAGCGAAUGAAUGAGCACUUGGUUAGCCAAAAUCUGACCCAUCUUUGCCACAAUUUCACAUUUGAAAACGUGGAGAAAGCUGACCGCAAAACCAUCCUGUCCAACGGAGUUAGGCCGGCAGAUAGAAACGAGCACGUUUAUAUCAUUAUGUUCCAGACAGUCCCGAAAAACCCCAUUUUUGAGGCCACUGUGCAUUGGAAUAGUCGAACCCAAAGGCUGCGUCACAUAGAUGUGGAGGAUUUAAGUCGAUUGACCUCUUACAAAAACGACGCCAACUGUAUAAGACGCAAGAACGCCAAGAAAUAUUGCAUUUGCAAGGACAGCUUAAGUCGGUCUAGUAAAUACUAAUUAGAAUUUAUAAUCUAUGAGGAAAGUUUUUCGCAAGCAAACAGAAAUAAAUAUGGAACUAUUUUUCAACUAUCA